AGUGGCGCGCGUACUCAUUGUAUGGGGAGCGCGCACUCGGGGACGGUUGCGCGCGAAGCAGUGUGCAGAUGUGUCGCAGAUUUUGUAAAGUCACUGGACGCUCGCAAAGAGACAUCACAAGGAAAUCUCUCUGGAUAAAAAAAAAGGUCCUGAAACUGUCGGGGAAACAAGACAGCUGAGGGAGAGGAAAGAAAAGGAGUGAACCGACGCACUGUUAUCAGCAGUUUACGUUAGCCUAGUUUGUGGAGGAGAAAGACGUUACUUUGACAGUUAAAAGCCAGCGGGCGGUCGCGCGCACAGAGAUGGAGCUGUCAGCGAUCGGAGAGCAAGUGUUUGCUGUGGAGUCCAUCCUCAAGAAGAGAGUUAGAAAGGUAACGACAACACGUUUUAACUAAAUAUAGAUGCCCGGUUGCCUGCGGGGCAUUAUCAGCAUUUGAAGAGUGACAUGUUCGGCAGUGUAUCCCGAAAGCGUGAGAGGUAAAACGGGCAGAAUGAGCGGCUAAUCUGGUGAUCUAAUUGCAGGCUGCGUGAAGGGGGCGGGUUAGGAGGAGGAGGAGGAGGAGGGUGUCCCUUUAACGUAACGUGGAGAGUGUUGUCAUUGCACUGCAGUUAAACAUCUCAGGUGUUUCAUGAAAUGAGAAGAAAAGAGGGGAUAAAUGCAACCAUUUACGCACUCAUGUCGGGCCUGUGUGAUGCUAAUAGGACUAGGGUUAAAUUACUGUUAGCAUGUUGUGUUGAAAGUUGAGGUGCGUAGUAAGAAAUUCCGAGUCCCCCGGAGUGUGGGAGGGUCCUGUGAAACCCCCCGUUAGGAUAUAAUGUUAUGUGAGUUUAAUUUAAAUGGCCAGAUUAAUAAAAUAAUAGAAAUGUGUUAUGAAAUCAGCUUUUGACUAGAGGACGCUGAGUUUAAAGGAUAGGAAAGGUGCAGCUAAUAGCCUUUAUAUACCAGUGACCUGUGUCCUCUAACAAUGAGCAUUCACUGUCAGAGUUCAAGAUAUGAAGAAAACCAGAGAUUAGACCUUAAUAUCUGCUAUAUAAACUGUUAAAAUGAAAUACAAGUGCUACGGCUCAAAAUGUGUUUUAAUAAAUUGUUAAGUUUGGAUUUUUUCAUUUUCACAGAGCCUCAAAUAAAAAUGAUAUUUUGGAAAAAACUUAAAAUAAUUGGUGUAUUCACAUACUGAAGUGCAGUAUAUUGUUAUAAUGCCUUUACUUAACCUGUCCCCAAAAUUAUAGGUAGGUAGAUGAGUAAAACUGGACUAAUGUGUACCCUUGUUGCAUUUGGGAAAUUAUAAGAUGUAAAAAUUUGGGUACUGAUGUUAAAGCUGCACUGUCAUUGUAAAACUAUUUUAAUGUCUGUUAAUGUGCAUUAGAGCAUCUUGUUCUUCUCUACAGUGAGAGUUCAACCAUUAUCCCUUUAAGAUCCCAAAAUUAAAGAGCUUGAUAUACAAACCUCUAUCUGUGAUCUACACUGCAAGUUUGAGAGGAUUAGAACAUUUCCUUAUAUUUUCCUGAAAUACAAGUGUUUCAACUUAAAAGGUGUUUUAAUGAAUUAUUAAGUUUGGAUUUUUUAUUAUCUCUGACCUUCAAAAUAAUAACAAUAUUUGCAAUAUUGUUAUUAUGCUUUUACUAAACAUGCACAAAUUUAUGUGCAACCUAUCUCCAAAAUUAUGGGUAGGUAGAUAGAUAAGUCAAGCAAGUGAGACUAAUGUUUAUCAUUUUUGUAUCAGGGAAAUUGUAAGAUGUAAAAAAUAGGAUAUCGAUGUUGAUGUUAAAGCUGAACUGUCAUUGUAAUACUAUUUUCAAGUCUGUUAACCAUAGACUGUAUAUAGAAUGGACAGAGUCUGCCUCCUCGCUGGGUGAAGCCACUCCGAGAACAGCACCCUCUGGUGACGGGCUGCAGUAUAGGUCAUAAAUCCCGCCUCCUCCAGCAAUCCCUAUGGAGCUGUGGACAAACUUUAGAAAUUUAUUACACAGAAUAUAAUUUUUUUCCCCCCUGCUUGCGAUGUUGACAUGUAGUUACUGUAAGACUGGUUUGUGCUCAAGUCCUCUUUUUCCUGUACAGCUCCAUUUUUAAAAGUUAUUAGGGGGUUCAUGUUUUCUAUGACUGAUCUAUGAUUUCUCGUAUACUGGCGAAAGGCAGAACCAAGUUGUCCAUACAGUCUAUGCUGUUAAUGUACAUCAGAGCAUCUUGUUCUUCUCUACAGUGAGAGUUCACCCAUUAACCCUUUAAGAUCCCAAAAUCUAAGUGCUUCAUAUUAAAAACCUCUUUCUGUGAUCUACACUGCAAGUUUGGGAGGACCAGGACAUUUCCUUUAAACUAACAGAUUUUAGAUCAAGCACAGUAAACUCUGUUCACUAAGGGGCUAAAUUGCACCCAGUACAGAUUACAGCCCCUGGUCUUUUUGUUGUAAAUGAAGAAGAGGGUGACUAAUGUGAAGUCGGGAAAAGUGGUGACUUCACCCUCCGAGAAUACUUUUGAGAGCUUGGACGUUGUUGCUGGGUGAUGUCACUGAGGAUGACUAACUCUGAGUGGCUUGGCUGGUACAUGGAAACCAUAUGGCGCAUUUUACAUUAUUAUUCGUCAGAGCUAUUUUCAAAUUGCAUGGGGACAUCCUCCCAAAUAUAAUGUCUAUUUGGCAGCCUUAAUAUACAAACGCAUUUGGUAGGCAUUGAGUAGAUUAGAAGAUGUAAUGUGUUUACUUUGAGUCCAUAAAUGUUCGCAAAGGUUUGAAUCAGGGAAAAAUAAUCUGCAAUACCAUUUCCAUGUCAUUCAUAUUGUGUAUCCCUAGUUUGUAUCUGUCUGAGGAGGUCUACCAACUGCAACAGUUGAUGUUGUCCUACUUUUGACAAAUCAUAAAUAAGAUGCAACAUCCUGCAGGUUUAAUCACAUCCAAAACAGUGUUGCCGCAGUUCCAGCCUCUCUGAGUCAGAUAUAUCUUGGACCAUGAUGCACCAGGAAGACUGUGGAAAGGUAUAGAAUAUUUUUGAUGAAAUUAACUUGUAGGCUGAUUCUGCUCUUGAAUCUGAUGUCUUUGCAGGGUAAUGUGGAGUAUCUGUUAAAGUGGAAAGGCUGGCCUCCAAAGUAAGUAUAUCAAUGUAAUAACAGGGAUGGAUGGAUUAUGUAACACUCCAAAAGCAUGCAUUACCUUCACAAUGAGAUGUGUACAACAGUGUAACUCAGAUGUGUACUCAGUGUGCAGCUACUCAAAGAUAAGCGCCACUCAUACAGGAAGAUCGUCAACAUAGUUUAAAAAAAAAUACUUUUUACAACAAUUUUACACAACAUGCAAACAAUCUGAUGAAUACAUUUUGGAUUAUUUGCUGAACCAUCAACAGAAAUAACCAAUUUUUUCACAAAGUAAUGAAUGACUGAGACCUACAAUAAUAAUAUAUUACGCUUUGCAGGUACAGCACAUGGGAACCUGAGGAACACAUCCUAGACCAGCGCUUGGUGCAGACCUAUGAAGAAAAGUAAGGCUGAUGGAAAGCCUCACCUGACAGCAGAGAAGGGUGGAGUAAGAGUGUGCAGGAUAAAACUAGUUUCUAGUUCAACGUAGAUUAUGAGGAAGUAGACAAGACCCUGAACUCAUCCACAUCUCUAGCACAAACACAACUUGAAAUCAAACGCAGAAUUAAAAUAGUGAUAUCAUAUUCCAGGUUGUUAAUUUAAAACAUAAAAUAUCUAAAAAUGUUAUUGAUUUGUAAUGAACUGGCACACACUCACAUCUGGUUGUCCUCAGGGAUGCUGGAAUUUAAUGGCACAGUCCCCCAGCAAAUUUGAAGGGUCAGAAACUUAAUUGCCUCCAUUUUGGUAUAUUUAAAAAUAAUGUAGCAGGAUACUUUGGGAGUAGCAAAGUAGCUUUACCCUUAAAUAAAGGACCUUUAUUCAGAGUUUGACAAAGUGAAUCACAUACUAUAUUUUUUUUAUUUGAUGAGCUCUCUAAAGAGAUAAAACCAAAUGUGACUUUCAUUAAAGCCAGCGCUCUUAAAGAAGUUUUUAAAGAAUCAUCAUUUAAAAAAGUCUGAGCUCAGACUUCUACAUAACUGUUCAGUCUAGCACCAAUGCAUGGUGUCAUUUUACCACCUCUGUUUGUCUGCAUCUACUCACUCUGCAAAAGUCACGUGUGACAGAAAAUAAAUGUCGGAUGAAUUAAAAACAGUUUAAAACUGGAUUUGUUUCAAAAGAUAAACAUGAGUCAGUAGGUGUUUCCGUUUGAUUGCUGUUUUAAACACAUGUGGGACUCUGUGCUUGAUUUUACCAUCUUUGCAGUGCGCAGCAGGAAUGUGUGACCGGAUUCCCUUAGACACAGAGUCCGCUGUCACCACAAGAAUUAGAAUCAGAAAUACUUUAAUAAUCCCCGGAAAUUGCUUUUGUCACAGUACUUCAGUGCAAAUACAGUAAAAAGAGGAGAUAAAUCAUAGAUAAAAUAAGUAAAAAUAAGUAAAAUAAAGAAAUAAAUAGAUAAAAUAAGUAAAAGUAAAGAGAUAAUAAACAAGUUUUUACACUAUAUACAACACAAAUAGUAAUAUCAAAGCUGGUCAAAAGAAACUGUGAACUCACAGGAAGUCAUUUGAAAUGUAGAGUAGACUGAUAUGCAAAUCCUCCAGCUCAGCAUAGGCAGCAAAGUUAAGCGGUGGCACUCUAACAAUGUCGACAUCCUGACUAUCCAUUGCUUAAUGACCCGAACAAACGUACUUCUACCCUUAAACUUUAUUUGGAAGGACAAGGGCGUGUUUGUGUCACCCACAUGGAUGCUGUUUUUGUUGCAGUACGGUGUGCUCAUUUUUAUGUCAUGUAAGAGUGUGAUAUCAAAGGAAGUGGGAAAGGUGUUAACCAGCCGCAAAGCCUCUCAUAAAGGCCUGCAGAUGCACACAAUAUAUUUUGUAAUAGAAAUCUUUUGACUGUGUUUUUUUGGCUUUUUAGAGAGCAGAGAGACAGAGCUCUGGGCCACAGGAGAAAAGGAUCCAAAACCAAAAGACUUCUUAUGCAGGUAAAGAAAUAUUCCUAUCCACAAAACAGCAUUUUAUUAUUUUAUUGCACCACUUUCUUUCUAUUUCUGUUUCCUUUACUGGCUUCUGUUGGAUGAUUGUCCUCGAUAGAGAACUUAAUCUGCCUUCAGAGAAAAGUUAUCAUAGCUGACAAAUUUAUAACCUCUUGAUUAUGUCUGCUCAGUCCUUAAGUUUCUGUGUUUUGGUGUUUUUCUCUGUGAUUUUUCAGAGCACUGUCUACACAAUGGAUCUCCGCAGCGCUCACAAGACCCCAGAGACGCCUCCUCCUCGCGUUCGUCUCUCUCUGACGCGCUCUCUGGUCUCUGAGGACGAGGGUCAGUUGUACAGUGACUGCAGGGAAGACCCGCAAACAGAACUAGAACAUCAGAAAAGUAAAUCUGGGAGCUUACAGUUUAAGUGCCUUGACUCGAACCCUCCAAGUCCUACACAGGAGGACUGGGAUAUAGGAGAAGAGGAGGAGGACAAUUUAGAGGAUGGAGAAGAAGAGGAGGAGGAGGAGAGGGAGGAAGAAGUAGCACGAGAAGAGGGCAGAGGUACUUUAAAUAGUAAGUGAUUAAGUCACUCAGGUAGUUGACUGUAGUUACUAUCACAGCCCACUUUACCUGUUGUAGCCUCAGUCAUGCAAAGGCUUUCUUCACUUGGCGUGCAACCAAAACCAUUGAACUUCAUUCAUUUUGAGCUGACCUGAGACAGAUUAUUGUCAUGAUUGCAGGGAAUAAUAAAAAUUGCAUGAUUGAUCAAGUUAUCAUUGAAUUGAUAUCAGUCUAAAAUAGAUAAUGAACCUUUAAAAUCUGAAGCUUUUCAAUAUUUUCCACCCAAAAGCCAGGACUUCUGACGCCAUUAAUAUUAUUUAAAACUUGUAGACUGAUAUUUCUUUUUAAAAAGAGCAAAAGCACCACAUAUAGAAGUCUUAGAGCCUAAAAAGUUCAGGAAUAUGAAGUAUUUUAAAAACCUCUUUAAAAAAACAUCUAACAUUACAAAAAUCUAGAAUGAGCAGGAGGAUAUUAAGACUCAGUUAUUAAUUAUUAGAGUCUUCUGAAAGACAUUAACUUUUAGUUUAGGUUUAGUAGCUUCCAGGGUUUUGAAAAUACUCCAAGAAAUGGAAUCACAGUCACUAAAAUAACUAGUAUUGGCUUUUGCAGUCCAUAUAUUUCUUUCUUACUCUGUCUCCCCCUCAAAAGUUUUAAUUUGGGUAACCACCUGUAAACUAUACAUUAUCCUGCUUUAGGGGUGUCCCGAUACGAUAUUGACAUUAGAUAUCGGAUAUCAGUGUGAUAUCAGCAAAAAAAAUGAAUAUCGGAUUAUAUCGGCCUGCAUCUAAAAUCUCUGAAUAUCAGCACUCCGAUACAAGCAGACUCCGCUCCAGACUCGGAUUCAGCAUGCAGAGCCCGUGUAAUCACAAUAACAGUGUGUACUAAGGUACCAGCAAAGUAGCGAGAAGAGGGAGUGAUGUCGACCAUGUUGCAGUGUUUUUUGUUUAAUAAAAAAUGUUUGUGAAAAAGACCUUGUAGCUGAGUGCAAAACUUGUGAUGCACAAGUUUGUGCUAAUAUAGGAUCAAUAUCAGUAUCGGCCGAUCGUAAAGGCUACAAUAUCAGUAUCGGAAGUAAAAAAGUUGUAUCGGGACACCCCUAUCCUGCUUAUUAACUGGCCACCAACUGAAGACAUAAAGACAUAAUUAGGGUCAAGUUUUCAACACAGCCAAGCAAUAAAUCUCCUUAAAAACUGAUAUGGAGCACACAAUGGAGCUCCUUUAUUUCCACGUCAGCUCAGAUAGAAUCAGAGCCAAAUGCUUGUCUAUGUCUGAUUAUAACAUCCGUCAGAGCUGAUAUAUUAUAUCUACAGAGGUUAACUCAAUAACUGUACACUUGUGAGAGGUUUGAUGUAAUCAUAAUCUGAGAGCAAUCCUUUCCCCUUCUCCUUCUUUCUUUGUCUCUCACUUACUCAGGACUGGAAAAGACGGACAAGUGGAGCUCCACGAUCAGACCAGUCGAGGUCACUGCAUCAGAAAAAACGGACAAUGCUGACGUGUGGCGACCUAUCAUUGGUGCCGGGGAGGUUACAGUCACUGAUGUCACUCUCAACUCCCUUACAGUGACUUUCAAAGAGUCGAGAGUUGCCAAAGGCUUCUUCAGAGACCUGGGCCUGGAGGUCUGACAUGUGAUGAGGUGGCUGUAGUUUGGUGAGGAAGAGCUGUUUAGGGCCUGGGUUAGCGUGUCAUUCCCUUUCUGAGGCCUCUGCUCUUCCUACUAGCUACUUCCAGCCUGGUGAGUGGUAUGUUUACAUGCACAGAGUUAGAAACUGUGAUUUAAGCAGAACUUUGAGUAGAACUGUGUUCAGGUGUAGCUGUUCCUGUUUGAAUGUUAGGACUGAGUUCCCAUCAGCUCAGGAGGUUUUAGAUAGCUAACACUUGUUCUUCUUGUUUUUUAAAGAGGGGGUAUUGAGCGUUUUUUCCAGACUCUAUAUUUCCUCUCUGAUACCACUUUAAUAGCUUUACAUAGUUUUAAGAUCAAAAAAGCCUCAAAUUUCUCACAGUGGAGUAUUAAAAUAUCAUGAUUUCGGCCUCCGUCUGAAAUGCUACGCUUUAGCUACUGUCUCUUUAAGUACCCCCAUGAGCCUACUUUCUUCUGAUUGGCCACCUCUCCAAAGGUUUUCCAGAGACCAAUCUAAGAAAGAGCUCAAUGUUUUGGGCGGUUGUAACACUCUGUUGGAGGCAGGCUGUUCCGCUGUGCCCGAACAGUAUGACACAAUCAUUUUAUUGAGUCUCGCGUUUUCUCACAAGGUCCUGUUUUGACAGUUUGCGAUUAUUUUCAAAGAUUAUGACAACCUUGUGAUUUGAAACUUUGCAUACAUUUUGUAUGGACACCAAACUUUGUAACUUUGCAGAUUUUGUUGUAAAUGUGGAAAAGCAUGAUACCACCCCUUUAAUGACACAAAAAGUGAGGCAUCUACAUAAACAAAGGUCAGCUAAGUCACAUGUUGUCCAUUCAGAAGACCAAAACAUGGAAAGAAGGUCAAACUUUUUCAGCUGAAGGACAAAAAAAGAUGAAAUGUGCUCUAUAUACGGCUGCCACAUUGAAGUUGAUUGCAGGAGGGGACUCACAUUGGCUGAGAACCAGCACUUAAAACACUACACGAGCUGAAGGCCACUGUUAAGUUAACAUUGUGAUCACAUGGGUGAAUCAAAUGAGAUUUCUGAAAGUCAGAAAUCAAUGGCCCAUCAAAAACAAAUCAUUGUCUUGUUUGAAUCCACUAAAUGUGCUGGUGGGGUUAAGUUUGUAGAUGUUCAUUUUUGGUAUUUUGGAGUAGGCAUCAACUGAUAGACUGCUCCACAUGCUCCACAUGCCCCAAUGUGUUGAUGACCGCGAAGGUUAGGUCUUAAGUCUGCAAAAUUAGGUCUCAACCAUAGACUGUAUGUACUAUGGACAACUUGGUUCCGCCUUACACCAGUAUAUGGACUUGAAGCCGAAAAGCUCUCGGUAAUUCUGCGUUUUUUCUCCAUUUCCCGAAACCAACAUUGCGCAGUAGCGUUGUAUGCACUCCACCACUUGCGCAGUAGCAAUGUACGCAUUUGGCGGGAGAGUCGCAGAGAGUCGCUGUGAUGGCGCUUGGCUCAAAUAGCAUAUCCCCUAGGUGAGCUACGCAAUCCUUGUACGUCUAUAGGCUGUAUCAGGUGUCAAUCAUAGAAAACGUGAACCCACUAAUAACUUUUAAAAACGGAGCUUCACAGAAAAAAGAGGACUUGAGCACAAACCAGUCUUACAAUAACUACAUGUCAACAUCACAAGCAGGGGGAGAAAAAUUUAUGUUCUGUGUAAUACAUUUCUAAAGUUUGUCCACAGCCCCAUAAACUUGGCUGGUGGAGGCAGGAUUUGUGACCUAUACUGCAGCCCGUCAUCAGAGGGUGCUGUUAUCGGAGUCGCUUCACCCAUCGAGGAGGCAGACACUGUCCAUUCUACAAACAGUCUAUGGUCUCACAUUUCUAACCUAUAAAUGUUAAAUUUUUCAAAAGACUGGACCUCGUGUUCAAUGCCUCCUUGUUUCCUGGCUUCAUUCAGAUUCCGUCCUCCUUCCAUUUGGCUGAUGGCUUUUUUUCUGGUUAUAUUCAGUGUUUCCCAUCAGAAUAAUGUACCUGUGACACUAUGAAACUUGUGCUUCAACGUAUUUAAUGAUUUGUUAACAGAGCCUAAAUUGAACCUAAUCUUGCUUUCCUUCAGUUCUGUUAUCUACAUGCACACAUUCCUGCAUUUUUCCUCUCUAAAUACUAACAGCAUGUGGCCCACCCUCUCUACUUUUGUUUCUCUGUGAUGACGCUGAAGUUAGUUUCUAAUUUGGCUGUUUAAGGGGAGAGUUAAAGGGAUCUUAACUUGUCAUGCAGAGCAUCUAAUUCCCUGUCUUUUACCCGUCUUACUGCUCUGAGAGCAUGCUAGUCAUUUUAGAUCUGGUUCAAACCAAAACUUUGAUGUGAAUUUGCAAAAACAAGGAGUUCUCUGUGCAUGUAAACCAGGCCACUGUUCCGUCUCUCUUCCACAUUAGGUUCAACAUUCAGUACUGACCUCAUGCUCAUACAGUCCAGUAUCAAACAUACUCUAAACUACAGUGAGGUGAGUGUAGCUGUCAGUCUCAUACUAACACACAGUGCUGUACCUGUAACCUGUGAACACGUAGACUGUUACUACUGAGCAACAUGUGGCUUAGUCUUGUAUGCGUUUCAAAAUUCUCUGGUAGAAGAUUUGAUCCGUCUGCAUGCCUUUCUCCUCCCAGUGUGGAUUUCUGCCUCCACUGAGCUCUUCAUCUCAAUAUAUACAACAGAGACGAACACACAUACACACACACACACACACGAGUUAUGACUUAGUAAUGUACAAAAGAAAAAAACUAAGGGACACUUGUUCAAGAACGUACGGUGGAAUAACACUGUAUUAACCGCUCACAGGAAGAGUUUGAAGCUUCUGGGGCCUCUUUGUACAGUUUUUCCAACAGGGUAAACCACAUAGUAAAAUCUAUAACUAUAAUACAACCUCAACUCCAGAAAAGUUGUGACUCUGAAGUGUUGAUGAAAACAGCUUUUUGAUUGUUUGCAAAUGAUUUAAGCCCGACUUCAUUAAAAAAUAGGGCAAACCAACACACUAAAUGUUGAAUCUUAAACGUUUGAUGUUUUGUAAAAGUAUUCUUUAUGUUCAUUGUAAGUUUUGAUGCCAGCAACUCAUUUUUAAAAAGUUGAGAUGGGGGCUUGUUGACCAAAGUGUUGCAUCUGUUUUAUUUAUUUAUUUACUUACUUACUUACUUGCUUGCUUACAACAAUCUAUAAAUGUGUAGGAACUCAGGAGACCAGUUUUGGUAGCUUUGAAAGUUAAAAUGUUCCCAUUUUUGCCUGAUAUUUAAUUUUAUCUGCUCAACAGUUCCUGGUCUCCUUAGUUGUGUUUUGUGUUUUAUGACGUGUCAAAUGGUUUCAUUGCACUUGGACUCCUCUACUACAGAGCCGUACUGGCGAGAAGCUACAACAGGCUGGAUGUUUAAGCCGCCCAAGCCAUGAGUACUCAUGCACCCCCCAAUUGAUCCCUGACCACUUUAGGAGAGAGGGUACAGCAUCCAUGACUUCCAAAAUGACGGCUGAAUUUAGAUUUGUCAGACCACAGGACAGUUUUCCUCAGUCUGUCAUAAAAGAGCUGGGGUCUGGAGGAGUCGACGGCGUUCCUAGAUCAUGUUAAUAUGUGGUUAUCCCUUUGCUUAAUACAGUUAAAGCCUACAUUUGGGAAUGCAACACAACUCAACAUGAAGUGAUUUUGAGUCCAUGCGGUGAUGUCAAGAAACUGGUUUUCAGCCUUGUUCCUUUAGUUCAGAGAUUUCUUUAUCUUUUUAUGAUAUUAUAAAAUUUAGACAAUUAAAUCUUCAAAUUCCCUGAUGUUUUAUGCUGAGGAACAUUACACUAAUAUCUUGUUCAAGUAUUUGCUCACACCGUCCCUCACAGUGAUGAAUCUCUUCCUAUCUUUACUUGGUAAUGUCUUUUUUAUACCCAGUCAUGUCAUGAACCUGUCACAGAUUAAUCAAAUUAGUCUUUUUACUCCGAGUUUUUUAGCGAAGCAGUUUUUCAGUGUUUUGCAAACAAUCAAAAUCUGCUUUUAAUCAACGUUUUACACAUUAUUUAAACUUUUUGUAGUUUGUGGUUGUAAUUUCUUACCAUUAAUAAAGGUACACAAAUCAACUAAGGAUACUGCUCAGUAAGUAAUGUCUGACAAGAAAACUCAACAUGUUGCAUUCAGUAAACCUGUUGUAAAAUAAAACCAAAACUUGGCCAAAGUCAAAGUAAUGCAGACACUAAAGAAAUGGUCGUGGUCAAAGGGGUCAGGGUCCCUGCGCAGAGUCUGAAAUGAGUCGUAGGCUGCAGAUAAAUUGAAUGGUGGGAAAUCAGAAUAAAAAGCCGAACCCUAAACCUCGCCUGCUGGUCUGACACUGCUGGCUUCCUGCCUUGAGGACACAGGAGCUGAUGUGAUGUGUCACGUCUGUGGAAUCUCCCACAGAGGCAUCCCAUUGGUCAGCAAGAUGUUUAUCCCGCACUGAUGGAUGAUGGGUCAGCGUCUCGUGAUCUCUAAACUGUCUUGUGUGUGACAGUGAAGCUGCAGGGAACGGAAGUGCCUGAUGUUGCAUUUUUCUGUUGUUGUUUUGUCUGUCAGGCUCUCGCUAUCCUGUACACAACACACACACACACACACACACACAAAAUCAUAUGGUUUCUGUUCGCCUGCAGGCACAAUCCGCCCCUGAUGCAACAAAGACUUGAACUGCAUGGGAACUUAAAGGAGGGACAGACUGAAGGGACAGCGGGGGAGAAGGUGUAUUUUUGGAGUCAUUAUUUUUCUACAUUAACCUGAAUGUAUAUUUAUUCUUUCAAUUAACAGCUAUAUUUGUCAUGCUGAAGAAUGACAGAGACGUUUUUAUACAGUUUGUGAUAACCACUGAGCUGAUGCCAUAUUUAAAUAUGUAUGUGUGUGUGUAUACGUGAAACAAGCACCUUGAUAUGACUCUGUGGCCUGUGUGGUUGCUUGUGCUGCUUUUCGUCCUCCACUGAGUGAGCAACUUUGCACUUUAUUGUGACGUAAAACUUCUCCAGUCUACCAAGUGUCAUCGUGUAGAGGAUAUUUCUAUAGUUCCAAUAAAAAUUAAUGUUGCUCCUGUUUGGUAUCAGUUUUGUUCUGCUGUUUAUUGACAAACAGGAGAUGCCUGAUUUUACUAAGUCUUGAAACAACUGUAAGUUAUUUGUAUGCUUAGAAACACCUGAAGAGUUAAGGAAUAAACAAAAAUGAUGAAAGGGGAGAUGAAA